CUCUCGCGACAUUUCCUGCUGCUGCCUGAAGCGGGGCUGCUGGGGCUGCAUGUGCCUCUCCGGCGGGUGGCAACGACAGGAGACGGAGGAAGAGGAGGAGGAGGAGGAGGAGGAGGAACCGCCCCCCCCCGCCGAGACUUGAGCCGCCUCCCCCCGGCGCUGUGAUAUGGCCACGGAGGCAGCGGAGACGGCAGUCCUGGACUGUAGAGGAGACCAAAGGUGCGGCGCUCGCCCGGAGACCGACUAUCCCCUCCGCGUCCUCUACUGUGGAGUCUGCUCAUUGCCAACAGAGUACUGCGAAUACAUGCCUGACGUGGCAAAGUGCAGACAGUGGCUGGAGAAGAAUUUUCCAAACGAGUUUGCAAAGCUUACUGUAGAGAAUUCUCCAAAACAAGAAUCUGGAGUUGGAGAAGGUCAAGGGACAACCGGCGAAGAGGAAGAGAAGAAAAAGCAAAAGAGAGGUGGAAGAGGUCAGAUAAAACAGAAGAAGAAAACCGUACCUCAGAAAGUCACGAUAGCGAAAAUACCCAGGGCAAAGAAGAAAUACGUCACGAGAGUGUGUGGCCUCGCCACGUUUGAAAUAGACCUUAAGGAAGCACAAAGAUUCUUUGCCCAGAAGUUCUCCUGUGGUGCCUCAGUUACGGGAGAGGAUGAAAUCAUCAUUCAGGGGGACUUUACAGACGACAUCAUUGAUGUCAUCCAGGAAAAGUGGCCUGAGGUGGAUGACGAUAGCAUUGAAGACCUCGGAGAAGUCAAGAAGUGACGGGGCUUUCUUGACACGAUAAGCCUGCCUUGGAACCCACACCCACGUCCCAGUCGUCGUAGCCCAGACAAGGCUCCCACGUGUGUUUGCCUGACAGCAGAACUGUUCCGGGGGCGUCCUGACCGUUGGCAUUUUCACUGUUCUGUGUCGGCUGCUUAUUUUCUGUUUGUGAUUUUUGCCAAAGUUUAAUCUUGGGGGAAGUGGGACUAUCAUGCUUCCACAUGAAGUAGAGACUUAAAUAAAGAAGUUAUUGUUCCUGACCAA